AUGGAUAUAAUCUGGGAAAUACUGCUCAUUCUUCAAGCCAAUUUCAUUGUCUGCAUAUCAGCACAGCCGAGUACACCGAAGAUUCACGAAGGAUGGUGGGCGUACAAGGAGGUGGUGCAGGGGAGCUUUGUUCCAGUGCCGUCGUUCUGGGGACUGGUAAACUCGGCCUGGAACCUGUGCUCGGUGGGGAAGAGGCAGUCCCCAGUCAACAUCGAGACCAGCCACAUGAUCUUUGACCCCUUCCUCACGCCCAUCAAGCUGAACACAGGUGGCCGCAAGGUGGGAGGGACGAUGUACAACACGGGCCGCCAUGUCUCUCUGCGCCUGGACAAGGAGCAUCUGGUCAACAUCUCUGGGGGUCCGAUGACGUACAGCCAUCGCCUGGAGGAGAUCCGGCUACACUUUGGCAGCGAGGAUGGUCAGGGCUCUGAACACCUGCUGAAUGGACAAGCCUUCUCUGGAGAGGUUCAACUGAUCCACUACAAUCAUGAGCUGUACACAAACUAUACAGAAGCUGCUAAAAGCCCCAAUGGACUGGUCAUAGUGUCCAUAUUCAUGAAGAUUGCUGAGGCGCCGAACUCGUUCCUGAAUCGAAUGCUGAACAGAGACACCAUCACAAGAAUAACAUAUAAAAAUGAUGCGAAUCUACUGACUAACCUGAACAUAGAGGAGAUUUACCCUGACACAAGUAGUUUCAUCACAUAUGAGGGAUCGAUGACCAUCCCUCCGUGCUUUGAGACGGUCACAUGGCUCGUGAUGAACAAGCCUGUGUAUCUCACACGUAUGCAGAUGCACUCCUUGCGCCUGCUGAGCCAGAACCAGCCGUCUCAGAUCUUCCUUAGCAUGAGCGACAACGUUCGCCCGGUCCAGCCACUGAACAACCGCUGCAUCCGCACCAAUAUCAACUUUCGCAUGCAGGGCAAGGACUGCCCCAACAACCGGGUCCAGAAGCUCCAAUACCGAGUGAACGAGUGGUUGCUAAAGUAG